GGCAAGUUGUUCUUGUCGCUGUCAAAGUAACUGUCAAUCGUCGUGCUGUGUGAACUUUCAAGCAAGUUUGGUGGUUGUUUGUACCUACCGAAGCUAAGUUUGUUUAUUGUUAUCAAUCAAAAGUUUCCAUUUAUUUUGAACGUCGACAACUCAAAUCAACGGCAACAUGAGUUCGGAGCUUCAGGAAACCACAAGAGUUACGAGAAAAUCUCUCAAAACGCUUCAACAUACGGCCUCGGAUAGAGAAAAUUUAGUGGGUAGGCCAUCAAAAAGUUUGAAGCAUCAACUCAGCCAGGAGUCACCCAUUGAUAUUGAGGUUAAAAGGAAGAAUUUGUCAACCAAAGAAACUCAAGCCAAUCUUGAUGGAAAGGUCACGGUUGAAGAUCUUACUAAUCCAGAGGGAGCAUCGGAAAAGUAUUGGGAAAUCUUAGCUGGGAAACGCCAGGUUGCUUUACAAGAUGCUCUUGAAGAAAACGAAAAGCUCCGCAAAAUUAUUGAAGAUCUCAAAGAAGAAAAUGUUCUGUUCAAACAGAUGUUGGAUGAAGCAAACAGUUUUGUUGAAGUUAUUAAGGAGGAGCUUGCAAAUAGCAGCAACAAUGACACUGGUAUAGAUGUGAAUGAUGUCAGCACUGCAGAUGAAACAACUGAUGAAGUCACUGAAAACAAUACCGAGACUGAAAAGCAAGACUAAGUUAUAUUAUAGUGUUGGGUCAGUCACAUUAUUACUAUGCACUUUCUGACCUUACAUUAUAAAUUUAUGUGGAUCAUCCUUAAGUAUAAAAAAACAUUUCAUUACAAUGGCCAAGUGCUGGCCCAAAAAACUUAAGUCCUAGUAGAAACUACUUUAGAUAUAAUUUUUAGAGUUAUGUGAGAUUCAAACUCAUACCAAAUGCUUUUCUUACCUCUUAUGAUUAACUUGUAGGUAUAUGUGGCUUCAUUUUGGCCACCACCUAAUGUGAACAGUUUAAGAUUGUAAGCUUACAAAUGUUCAAGGAUAAGGUAGCUUUGUUUGAUGUAGAGUAUUCCCCCAAAGUUAGCUAUUUUUUUUUU